UAGAAAGGCUGUAAACAUCAGAUGCAAGUGACUUGUUGUAACUUGGACUUUUUGCAAAAAUACACGCGUAGGGUUUACCCCUUUCCAACACCUCCUCCCGUACCAAAGCCUCACUUCGAUCACGCCCCACAAACUCGUCAGCGGAAUUCAGCGCUGGAAAACAGUUGGAUGAAUGAACCGGUCAGUUCAAGUAAAACCUCCAAGCGAAAAUGCGCAGAAGGGACUGAUUCAGCUAAAAGAAAACGGAUCGCAGCUGCAGCGACUCAGCCAAAACUGAUGUCACAUCAAAGAGACGCAUUCACGUGGAGGGCGCUGCCGGAGCAAGCGGGUCUAAAAAAAUAGAGUGAAAACUGGGGACAAACUGAUCAACAGCCUCCUUCCCAUCGUCACUCAUUGUUUGGAGUGGCACCGGUCGGAACCUGCGGUGACACGCUUCAGCUUCGCUGUCUCACCUGCCCAUCCCUGACUGCGGCGCGCUCUCACCUGCUCCAGGCCACGCCCCGGCACGCGCAUCAGUCUUCCAUGGCGGCAUCAGUCCAGUUAGUUAUGGUCCUGAGUGUGGCCAGCACGGCUAUGGCCAUUUCCACUUGCCAAUUCUUCGACUUAGAGGACUUUAAGAUGAAGAGGAUAGAGGCAGUGCGGGGACAGAUUUUAAGCAAGCUAAAGAUUGCCGAACCGCCUGAAUCCUCGGUUGACAUUGACGAGGAAGUGCCCCGGGAAGUUAUGCUGCUCUAUAACAGCACGCGCGAGAUGCUCAAGGAGGACUCGGAGUACGACCGCGAAAGCAGCGAGGAGGAUUACUACGCCAAGGAGGUCCAGAAAAUUGACAUGACUCCCAGGAUCGACAAUGUUAUAUCUACAAAUCUGUACAAUCCUUAUUUCCGUGUCAUUGGUUUUGAUGUUACAUCAAUGGAGAGGAAUUCCAGCAACUUAGUGAAAGUUGAACUUAGAAUUUUUCGUGUUCCCCAUCCAAAGGCCAAAGUUGUGGAGCAGAGGGUGGAAUUGUAUCAGUUGCUUAAAGCUAGAGACCCUACAUCACCCUCCCAGAGAUACAUUGACAGCAGAAAUGUUCGUCCUCGUACCAAGGGAGAAUGGUUAUCAUUUGAUGUCACUGAAACAGUCAGUGACUGGCUUUCUCACCGAGACAGGAACUUGGGAUUUAAGAUCAGUGUUCACUGUCCCUGCUGUACAUUCAUCCCUUCCAGUAACAAUAUCAUUCCCAACAAAAGUGAGGAACUUGAAGCCCGAUUUGCAGGUAUAGAUGAUGACUUGAUAAAGCAGUUCAAGAAGCCAGGAAAGGGAAGCAAAUUGGAUUACAGCAAUAAGACACCACAUCUGAUAUUUACUUUGCUGCCAUCAUACAGGAUGGAAUCUUCUCAAAAGAAAAGCAGAAAAAAGCGUACUGCAGGAGAUACACCAGCAUGUUCCAAAAACAUUGAACAGGGUUGUUGUUUGCGCUCUUUGUACAUUGACUUUCGAAGAGACUUGAAUUGGAAGUGGAUACAUGAGCCAAAAGGAUACAGAGCUAACUUUUGUGCUGGAACAUGCCCAUAUCUGUGGAGUGCAGAUACACAGUACAGCAUGGUGCUGCCAUUAUACAACAAACUGAAUCCAGAAGCUUCAGCUGCCCCUUGCUGUGUUCCUCAGGAUCUGGAACCAUUGAGCAUAAUUUACUUUGUUGGGAGGACAGCUAAAGUGGAACAGCUGUCCAAUAUGGUAGUUAAAUCCUGUAAAUGUCGAUAGUACACCUUUACAGUACAGAUUAACACAGAAGAAGAACUAAGGUUAUUACUUCGAUGCAGUUUUAAUUUCCAUUACUAUUUUAGCGGGAUGAACUGGACUUCAUAUCUCUCUCUCUCUUUCUCUCUGUCUCUCUCAUAACAAAAUGUCAUUUUGUAAGUCAACACUUGUAUUCUUUUAUUUUUGAGGGUUGCGGGUCAUUUGUACUUUAUGACUUUUGUUUUCAUUUUUUACUUAUGGGUUUGGGCAUUUAAGACCUCUGAACUGGUAGUUAGAUUUACUUCUUAUAAAUUGUAUUAAUUUUAAUUUUUUUAAAUUAAUUUUUGUAAGAAUAUUGUUUGUUUUAUUUCUUUUUUGUAUCUUUACAGUUUAAAAAGUAUAGUUGAGACUUGGCCUUGUGUCCACUGGCUUGAUAACUUGAUGUACUGUGUGUGUAAGUGUGUGUAUACAUUCAUAUAUGUAGGCAUUUUGUAUAUUUAAAUAUAGCAAUGCGACCCCUUUUUCAGUCAUUGGCUAUCCAAAAACUCUGCUCUCCAAUUUAAAUUGACAGUGUGACUGUAUCUUCUGUAAAGCAUCAAGCAUAUUCAU